AUGACUCCAAUUGCCUUGCUUCUUGCUGCUGCUCCUGCUUAUGCUGCUCUUGGUAGAAGAGCUGAGGACUACUCUUCCCUCUUGGGCCACUUGACUGACUACGGCUACGCUACUUCCAACCUUCAGCAAUACACCAACGCUGACUACCUCCUGUCGAUUUACAACCAGUACUCCUUGGGUGACUACUCAGAUUACGCAAUUCCUACUGGAAAGGACGCCAGCUCGGCUUUGGCUUAUGCCCUGAGCAUCUAUGCUGGCUUGGGCAGCGACUUCACUCCGGCUUAUGGUUCUGCUUAUGCGGGUAUUCAAACUGCUACUGAUGACGACUCUGAGGCUAGUGCUACUGGUGGCUCUGAUGCUUCUGCCACUGGUGGCUCUGGCUCGGGCGGUUCCGCCGCAGAGCCUUCUAAAGCUUCUGCCACUGCCCCAGGUAAUCUUGUUGGAGGUGGCGGUGGCUCUGCUUCUGCCUCUGCCUCCGGCUCGGGCUCGGGCUCGGGCUCUGGCUCCAAAUCUUCUGGCUCCGCCUCUGGCUCUGCCUCGGGUUCCAAGGCUUCUGGAUCUGGCUCUGCCUCUGCCUCCGGCUCCAAGUCUGGCUCUGCUUCCUCCUCGGGAUCGGCAAGUGGCGGCUCUUCUUCUACUGCUGGUGGUGGUGCUGCUCGUUCUUCUCAGUACUUCGGCGCUGGCGGUGUUGCUGCUGUUGCCGCCCUUGUUUUGCUUUAG